GUUUGGCUUGAAGUGCCUCUUCUCUUCUCUUUUGAGGGCAACAUGUGCACAGACAAGCAAACCCAGUUCUGCUCCUUUAGUCCUUCAGCCAGAUUUACGGACCUCAACGCAAAUACUUCCCAGGGCACAGGAACAACAGAUGGACCGACACCCCUCCUCCAUCCUUGGCAUCCCAAACGUACCGUAUAAAGCUCAAAGUUUAGUACUUGGGCUAGUCAUUCACAGGGGAUAAUAAGACUGGAAGGAAAACAAAACCAUUAAAAUAAGUGAAGAACUUGAGCUCUCAAUGAUGAAGACACACACCAAGUUAUCAUAUUCAAGGACACUCCAACAAAACAUGAGGAGGACCUGAGGAGACAAAGAGACAUUUUGGCUUUCCGAAUGAAGAAGCUGUCAUCAAAACAAUCCGAUUUCAAUAGCAAGACGGCAGCUCUAAAAGAGAAGAUUAAGAAGAAGUAUGAUGACAUGAAGAGGGUUUUGGACGAGGAUCUGAGAAUUACAUUUAGUCAGUUGGAUAUUGAGAGCGAGGCCAUGGAGAGAACGCUUGAAGAUGGCAUUGAGAAUUGUUACCGCCUCACGCAGGAAAUUGAUCAGCAGCUUGCUGAACUCACGGCACAGAUGGAGGAAGACGAGUGUCAGGGGCAAGAGAAGAUGUCUGAGAUGAAAGAAAGGAUAGCGGAGACUUUGAAGAAGACCGAUCCUGAAUUAAUACAGCUGGAUGAGUUUAAAAACGAACAGCUGCUCGGGUUAACCAUCAACCUGCUGCUGUUCAUUCGCUCUCAAGUUCCUGUCACUAAGAAACUCUUCCAAAGUUACGCCCAAGAAGUCAUUCUGGAUCCUAAUUCCGCUCACCCAAAGCUGAUUAUUUCCCCUGAGGGUGACUCUGUCACUUACACUGAUACCUGGCAGGAGGUUUCGGAAAACCCCGCUCGAUUUGACACCACCUUGAAUGUGAUAAGCCGACAGGGCUUCACGGAAGUUCGCAGCUACUGGGAGGUGGAAGUCACCGGUAAAACAUACUGGGAAUUAGGCCUCACAUACCCUGACAUCCCCAGAAAGGGCCGUGAGGAGGACUGCUGGUUGGGCCGGGGUCCUUCAUCAUGGUGUAUUGAGUAUUUUAAUGACAUCUACACAGCCUGGCACAAUGGCGUUCCCCAUUUGCUGACUGAUGUCGGUGGAAGAUGCUUUAAACGCAUUGGCAUUUUCUCCAGCACAGAGGGAGGGUUGGUUUGUUUCUUGGGGGCUGACACCAUGACGCCGCUAUACAGUUUUUGCGCUGGCACCUUCACAGACUUACUGUUCCAGGCUUUGUGUCCUGGGCAUGACAACCAGGGGACAAAUGGGAAACCACUGCUGAUUUGUGAUCCAUCGAAAUCUGCACCAAUCUUGUGAUAGACAGAUGAUGUGGGCUGGGGUUGUUAAAUGUAGCUGAGGUUUAUAAAACAUCAUUGGGAAAUGUG